AUGAACUCUAUACCUCUCGCUUUGAAGCACACUACUGAGUCCAGCGACAAGCUUACAGAGCUGCUUUGGCAGGAUGCUUUGCGCCAUCUCGGGUCCACGAACAACGAAGUGUUGCUUCCAAUUAAUAUUAUCGAUAUGAUCGGCCAGAGCAAUGUCAAUAAGAUUAAGUCUCGUCUUGGUGCUCUAAUUGGUGCUCCGGUAGUAGCUUUCGUCGAUGAAUCCAUAAACGCACUCCGUGUCAUGCGUACACCGGCAUUUUCGGGUACAGCAAUAUCCGUUGCAUCUCAUGAAGGGGCAUCUUGCCUUGAAUUUGAAUCGUUUAAAGUCCCUGUUAAAAAGCAUGAGCGGCCUUCGGUGUCUGUUAAGGCUGCAAAAGUACCUCGUCCGCCAAAUGCAUUCAUCCUAUACCGCCAGCAUCAUCAUCCCAAGCUCAAGGAGGCUCACCCUAGUCUCUCGAAUAACGAAAUAUCCGUUAUCCUAGGAAAGCAGUGGAAGGCAGAAUCAGAACACAUCAGGGUAGAAUUCAAAGCCCUGGCCGACGAAUUGAAGAGAAAGCACGCGGAGGCGCAUCCCGAUUAUCAGUACACACCACGCAGGCCAUCUGAAAAGAAGCGUCGAACGUCGUCUCGCCAGUAUCCUAAACCGACGACAGAAUACAAGUCGCCGGAUCUUACUACUACCAGCACCGAAACCACCAGUCCUUCGAUCGACACAAACGUACAACUAGAUGACGCUGGAAUUGAGGGGACGAUGAACCUCUUUCCAGAAUACAACAUGCCCUUUAUGCAUACCGGCGACAUAAUCUGCGGCGACCUGAUACCGAGCGACAUGUCACUGCUAUCAGAGGAGCACUUCCAGCUGGACCCGGAGACAUUGGGCUCGUUGAUCGAACAGGUUCAGACAGACUUCAACAAUGGGGCAGCGAUGUACCCAUCCCCAUCACCACAGAUCAGCUGCACAGACCGACAUAUAGGCGAGACCAUCGAGUUCUCAGACUACAUUACGGAUCUCUAUUAA